AUGUGCGUUCUGCAUGUCAUCACUUUUCAUGGGUGUGGCUGCAAAGUCCCAGGCACCUUCUUCUGCGAGCCAGCACUGGAAGCUGUCAACCACAACUACGAAUACGCAGUCGCGUGCGCCCACAUCUCACUUCCGUUUGCCGAAAUCGAAAGAGAUCACGCGUGCUUCCGAUCAGAGUGCCCAAAGAAGAUCACGUUCGAGCCGUGGCGAUGUUGCGUAUGCGGCGGAGGCCCCAACGAUACGACACUGUGCAAGUUCAAGCUCGAGGAAUUACCCGACUUUUUGAAAGAUUAUAAAGACUCGGAAGGCAUGAAUGCAUGCAAUCAUAAUCUUUGCAUGAAGUGCCCAAAAUUCCGAAAAGAGCAAAAGGCGGCAAUCAUAGGGAGUGAGUUGGCUCGCAUCAGAAACUUUCCAUUAAAGGCAUGUUAUAGCCCUCCGUCUCGCAUCUUACCCCGAUUGCCUACGCGAGCCCCGACAUCAGAAGUAUAA